ACUGCCUUCUACUGGCUGGCUAUGCUGGUAUCCAUGGUGGCAAGAGUCUGCUCACCAUGCAGCAGUAGCCUAAUUUCUCAGACGAAGAACGAGAUGCUAAACGUUAGUGGAUGAGUUCUCCAACGUCUACAUUCGCUGAGGAUGACGAUACAGCUGCAUACAUUGAAGAUUGCCAGCUGCUUCUAUUUGAGGUUUCAAUUUCUGCGGAGGAUAAUUCAAGAUAUGGUGAGGCUGUCGUGUACGCCCAUUAUGCUUCACACUUACUGCAUGCCAUAGUGAAGUUCCAUUCUUCAGUAAUAAUAUCCUCGCAGAACAUAUGCAAAUUUUUCGGGUUUAAUAGUGAUGGGAUCUUUUCCAGAUUUAAACGGAGUUUUUCAAGGCGAUGAAGGUUACAGAGUCCUUGUUGUAAAGGUAGCUACAGCCAUUGACAUAAGUAAAAUAUAUAUUAGAAACCAUAUGGCUUAUCACGAAAUCUCAGCGUUUCUC